AUGCCUCCCCAAGAUAUCAGAACGACGAUUUGGAAUUAUGAUGAAAAGAUGGUUCCAGCAUCGAAAGAAAUCCGGGAAUUAUUGAAAGAUUUCCAAUAUUCAGUUCAACCUCAUUAUCAAUCUAAGACCCAGACAAAACAAACAGUUACUACGACACGCUUAUCACUAGAUAGAGCAAAUAAGAUUGGUUGGCAAGCGAUUUUGUCUCUGCGUGAUAGGGACUUGACCUUAGAAACAUUGAAAUCACUUAGACAUUACUCACCUACACCUCAAGAAAUUCAGGCGAUCGAGUCUUUUGAAGGGGCAAAGACAACGCUUUCGACUGCUGAUCAAUACGUUAUGAAAGUGAUGGAUAUUCCAAGACUGCAGCAUCGACUUACAACUAUGAUUUAUCGCCGUCGAUUUGUGGACGAGAUUAAUGACCUUGGACCGGAGUUGGGGGUUUUGAGAAGUGCGACCGCCGAAGUCCAAAGAUCAUCAAAGCUCAAGAGAAUUAUGUUGUAUGUUCUAGAGUUUGGAAAUAUACUGAAUUCGUCUACUUUUAGAGGUAAUGCGCCAGGAUUUGAAAUCUCCGCUCUUUCAAAGCAUCAAGAACUUGAUAUUCUUGGAAUUAUUUUGGAUUUGAAAGUUUCAUUUUCAGAAGUAUUGGGAGCCGUUAAGAAUAUGUUAAUCGGGAUGACGCAAGCAAAGGAAGAACUUGAGAUCAUGAGCUCAAAUAAAGAACUUCUGGGUGGAGACCGUUUCAUACCUGAGAUGAAGUUAUUUAUCGAAAAUGGGGAACCAAUGAUCGAAGCUCUUGAGAAGAGCACGAUUGAAUUAAAGAAUGAACUUUCCCAAAUGAUUAAAUAUCUUGGUCAAGAUGCAGUAACCAGAGCUGAGGAUAUCUUUGGAGCGCUUUCUACGUUUAAAUCAAGUUUGGCACAAGCAGUCGAAGACGUAAUGGAUUGGGAAGAAGAAGAAGUAAUAAACGACGAUGCUUUAGACCAUCCCAAACCCGAUGAGAACAUCAAUUCGGUUGAAAUCUUGGCAGCAAUUUACCAAGAGCACAAAACACCCAACAGACAUGCCAAAGAUCGAAGUUCAGCUUCUUCUAUCAGUAGUGCUCGUAAACUAUUGUUUGGAAACGGUGGAGUUGAUACGGCUGUACGCGAUUCAAGGUCAGGAGGAUCAAUAUUAAGAACUGGAUCUAUCACUACUCGACAUCGACAUUUAAGAGAUGAGAUCAGUCCGACUAGAAAUCAAAGUCCUGGUUCUAAAAUUUUCUUAACUAAGUAA